UCUCUCCCCCCCGCCCCUAAAGCAUACUUCCAAAUUUCCAAACUCAAAAACCGCCAUCGCUGGGUCACUGAUUGUUUGUCUCUCUCUUGAGCUUCUUUUCCCCUUCACUUUUCCAUAAAGCCCCUUGAUUCCCACUGUGCUUCCUCGGAUUUUACCCCUUAAUCGAACUCUGAUCCACUGGGACUGUUGGGGUGAGACUGUUUUUGAAGGGGAAAAUGCUUAUGAGAUGAACGCUUGCAAGUUUCGGGUCUUCUUUUCUUGCCCUGUCUAGUUGUGUAACAGUCAGUGUACAGCUCUUCAUGGCAAAGCGCGUGUACGAAGUCUGGAAAGGAAGUAAUAAGUUCAUAUGUGGAGGAAGGUUAAUAUUUGGGCCUGAUGCCAGGUCUUUGCUGGUCACCUUGUUGCUGAUCACUGUUCCAGUUAUCAUAUUUUGUGUAUUUGUAGCAAGGCAUCUUCGACAUGAAUUUUCUUCAUAUAAUGCUGGAUAUGCUCUUCUAGCGAUUGCAAUUCUCUUUACUAUUUAUGUACUGGUGAUUCUCUUUCUUACUUCAUCUCGUGAUCCGGGCAUUAUUCCAAGAAAUUCACAUCCACCAGAGGAAGAAUUUCGUUAUGACUCUUCAGUUGCUGGUGAAGGAGGACGACAAACACCUGGCCUUCAGUUCCCUCGAACCAAGGAUGUAAUAGUCAAUGGCUGUACUGUAAAAGUGAAGUAUUGUGACACUUGUAUGCUGUAUCGUCCUCCUCGUUGCUCACAUUGCUCCAUCUGCAACAAUUGUGUUGAACGAUUUGACCACCAUUGCCCUUGGGUGGGUCAGUGCAUUGGACUGAGAAACUACCGUUACUUCUUUCUGUUUGUUUCAUCAGCAACCCUUCUUUGCAUAUAUGUGUUUUCCUUCUCAGCUUUCUACAUUAAGGUUCUUAUGGAUAAUUAUCAUGGGACCGUCUGGAAGGCAAUGAAAGAAUCUCCUGCGUCUGUGAUACUGAUGGCUUAUUGUUUCUUCUCCUUGUGGUUUGUUGGUGGGCUUACGGGCUUUCAUUUGUACCUCAUAGGUACUAAUCAGACUACCUAUGAAAACUUCCGGUACAGAUCUGAUAGCAGAGUUAAUGUUUAUAAUCAAGGCUGUUUAAAUAAUUUUCUUGAAGUAUUUUGCACCAAGGUAAAGCCCUCAAGGAACAAUUUCCGGGCCUUUGUUUCUGAGGAGUUACGGAGGCCACCCCCAGCAGUCACUCCCCGGGAGCCUGAACCAGAUGAUCUGGGUGGAGAUCCCCGUCGGAAGGUUGAAGAUGAUCUGGAUAUUGGUGAAGAUUUAUUGAAGAUUUCUCAACGGAGGAACAUUGAAGAAAUUGAUGAGGAUAUUCGUAGCAGAGGAAGCAACGGAGUUCCCCACAAUACAUCUGAAGUUGAUUCAGCUUUCGGUUCAGAUCAUCGAGCCCCUUCAAUCCGAUCGGACAUCCGGCACUCAAGUUGGGGAAGGAGAAGUGAGAGCUGGGAAAUUGCACCAGAUGUCCUUGGCAAUUCAAAUGUCACUGAAAGCAGAAGCUACGCUGCUGCAAAUAGGUGAGAUGGUUACAGAUGGUUUUCCUUCCUUGAAAUUCAAGGAAUCAACAUAGAAAAUGUAAGAUCUUUUGAAUUCUUUUUAAGAGAUUAAAGGGAAAUGAGGAGUUGAAUUGAUUGGUCCUUUCGGUAUAAAAGUUUGGUCAUUUUGUUGUAAUCCUAGCCCUUAUGAAAAGCAUAGAAAUGUGUGCUUGUAAUUGUUUUGAGAGGCGAAGAGAUAUUGUCUUAUUCAAUUUCUUUAUCUUCCCCCCCCCCCUCCAACUGUCAAGUAUGUGUAUGACAUCUCAGUACUGCAGGUUAUUCUUUUGUGUGUACAUACUUAUAGUUGUGAUUCUGAGAAAUUUCCCCAUCUGUAAAAA